AUGGCGACACUGUGGAACGCAACGCUUUUUUAAAAUGGUUGCCAGGGCUAGUCUGGUUGUUGAAUCGAUAGAUAAACAUAAUGAAACAAAAUUAUAGCAGACACGAUGUCUUGUAUUUGCCUAGGACCAAAGCGUGCGGGCAAAACUCAUCUGCUCAAGGCUCUGCAGGAGCCGGACUCUAUAGAUGAGACGAGCUACUCCAUGCCCACCAUUGGCACGGGCAUCUUUCGUAUUUAUUUUCCUGAAAAGUCCGCUAAUGCUGACAGGCACAAACCACCGCCGCCGCCAACAACAGAUGCAGUCACCACGCCGCAUGGCGUCAAACAUCUGCCUAAGUUUAUACAGGUGCUGGAAAUUGGAGGUAGCAUGGCGCCUCUGUGGCGUCAAAGUCAAUACUUUGAGGAUGUCAAAAAGCUCAUCUAUGUGGUGGACGCUUCUAAUCUGUGUCAGAUCUCAGCUGCAGGCGUGCUCUUCUAUUCGAUUCUCACCGAGCCGCGUCUGCAAAAGGUUAAAAUCCUACUCGUGCUGACCAAAAUGGACUACUCCUACCGUCAAAUGCGCAACGAGGCGUUGCUCAUGCUGCAAAUGUCCAAGCUGCAGAAACAGAUACGACAGCAGGUGACCAUUGUGGAGGCUAGCGCAGUGACCAAGGUGGGUCUCAACGCCAUCUACGACUGGCUCCAAAGACCAUGAUUCCAUUUCUCUUAGUAUCUUUAUUCGUGUGCAAAAUAAACUGAGAUCUAAAGCUUGUAGUUGA